AUGAACAUUUUUCAGCUCAUCUUCAUCACCCUUCUAGCGCCCGUCGCUGGCGCUAAAUGUCCGAGCGGCUGGGUGGACGGCGGCGACGAGUUUUACUGUAUCCAUGCUACAACCGUAUUCUUCCACGACUACGACUCGGCUCUGGACGAGUUCCCCGAAUUCUUCAUCCACAACGAAACUCAAUACCCCGACGUCACCGAGACGUGCAAGAAGCUCAAGUUCGAGCUCAAAGAAGACGCUGGGUGCAAGAAGCCGACGAUUCUGGGCACCGACUGCAAGCCGUCAAAAGAGCCAUAUUCAGUCGUCUGCCAGUUGCCGCCCGGAGUUGUGGAGAUAUCCGCAUCCUACUGGAAAGAGAUGGGGAUCCUGGUGACGCAGCCGAUCGUCUGGCUAUUUGGGCUGAUGAGCAUCGCAUUUCUCGUCGCCCACCUACAGUACCUGCGCCAUUCGAAUGGGUUGUAUCAGCCCUACUUGGCUGCGGUGAAAGUGCUCAGCCACAAGGUCGACCGGGCCGAGAUGCCCCCCGCCGACUUGGAGGAGGUCAUCGGACUGCUGGGCCUCGACCGAGUGGCGUGGAAGCAGGAGAAGACCGACAUGAUGAUCGAGGCCGACCCGGUGGCGGCGGUGCUGAAGCGCGAGAAGCUGUCCGCUCCAAAACUGCUCAUCUACGGCUCGCAGCCCAAACCCAAGCAGACGACGUCGACGAUGAAGACACCGACAACGACCGCUUCGAAAUCUCAGGAUCCGCCCGCCCCCGAGAAGAAGGAGAAGAGCAAGUCGAAGAGCAAGAGCAAGAGCAAGGGAAAGGAGCCGGAGAAGAAGGAGGAGGAUGAAAAAGCUCCCGAUGCGACCCAGAAGAGCAAGAGCGUCAGCAAGAGCAAGAGCAAAAGUCAGGGAAAGGAGCCGGAGAAGAAGGAGGAAGAGAAAAAGGAAGAGGAAAAGAAAGAUGACGAGAAGAAGGAGGAAGAGAAAAAGACGGAGGAGAAGAAAGAUGAGGAAAAGAAGGACGGAAGCGGAGGCAAGAAGGAGGACGAGAAAAAGCAGGAGGAGAAGAAGGAUGGCAGCGGCGGGAAGAAGAGUGGAAGUGGACCGAAGAAGGAGGAGGAGAAAAAGGAAACGACCGAAAAGAAGGAGGACGAGAAAAAGGACGACGCCAAGACUACG